AUGUUCCAAAUGAUGAUCAACGGGUAUAUACAGUAAGAUUUAUUUAUGUUACACUUGACAUUUUUACGAACAAAAGAUAAUUUUGAAUGGUUUCUAGGUUUGUAAUCGCCCUCUUUUACUUUACCGUGACCUUGGAAAGCACCAGUCUCACCAGUGAUGGAUUUACCGGCUUCGCUCUCUCAGCUGGCAUCGAAUUGCCUGGGGGAAUUUUGACUUUACCGGCUGCGAAAUUCUUUGGAAGAAAGACUAUUGUGUGGAGUAUGCUAUGCCUUCAGGGCUUGUUCAUUGCUCUAUAUCCGUUCCUGCCUUGUAAGUCCAUAAGUAUUUAAAUUUGUUGUUCAUGGCCAUGUGUAAUGAAAUAGUGAAAAAUUAGUUUAAUUUUAGACCCUUGGCUUGCUAUAUCGUUCAAUUUGAUUUCCAAAGUUUUCAAUGGCCUUGUUUACAGCACCCAUCCCCUACUACUGACAGAGAUGAUCCCCACUGGAAUGAGAACUGCCAUGUAUUCUUUGGUAAAUAUCCCCCAGUCCUUCGGAAUUAUUGCCGCUCCUUAUCUAAAGUAUCUGGUAGGGUUUUGAAAUACGUUUACACUCAUUUCUACGAUUUUUUCAGCAAUUUGGAACCACUUAUGCCAUGUAUAUUAUACUUGCUGUCACCUCGAUUGUUGCUGGAUUAUUGGCUUUAUUCUUGCCGGAGACUAAAGGAAGAAGAUUGCCAGAGGAAUUAAAUGAUGUUAUGAGCGAUUACGCAGAAGAUAAUAGCAUAUUGGAGCCGCUAAAGGAUAGCAAAUGA